AUGGACUUCUAUCAGGAACAACAUAGCUACACGCUUGCAAUCAACGCCGGUAUCAAUAGUGGCGAUUCUGACGAAGACGCUAGUUGGGUGAUGAUGAGCCGGGACGGCGAGGUGGUUAAGCUCCCUGGCGAGAAGAUCUAUUACAAAGUGAGAUCCAGGAUCGCCCUCGACGUCUCGACGCCCAAAUCUUUGCCGAAUGCUACGCCAUUCUCCAUCAAGAGCGAUAGUGGCAUUGUCUACGUCACAAACAACCGGGUCAUUUAUGUUCCUACCCACCCUACGGAAAGUUUCCAAUCUUUCUCGGCCCCUAUCUUGGAUUUUGAUGAUACGCGUGUCGCAUCCAGCUUCUUCGGCCCUUGGUCUUGGAAUGCCAUUGUAAAACCAACUGUCGGCGGCGGUAUCCCGUCAGACGUGCCCCGUCUGGAACUGAAGCUGACAUUCAAAGAGGGCGGUCACGAUGCUUUCCAAAACAAGUUCGAGGUUAUGAAGGAACGGCUGAGCUAUGCCAGAACGCUUCAGCAAGAGACGGGGCAGGUCAUUCCGACCGGGGAAGACUUGCCACGGUACGAGGCCGACGCGCCGAAGCCAAGUGGUCCCCCGGCGCAGCCAGAGUCGGCAGGUGCCGCCACAGCGGGGGCGUCUUCCCGGGACGCAAAGGAGAGAGACGCUUUGGAAAACUUCUCCCGGUCUCAAGAGCAUCAAGCGCAGCGAGGUGCUGCAACCGAACUGGGGACUGCUCUUCACUCCAGCAACUCGAGAAACCAGCCGAGCCCGGUCGCCCCCGACGAGCCGCCCCCGGAUUACGAAGAGGCUCAGGCACAGGCGAUUGGCAUGCGCGUCGAAGAAACCGCGCGCAACGCUGCGGACCGGCAGUAG